GAUUUGGGUAUAUGGUGAUCUGCUUCUGGGUUGUAACACUGUCUAUGGUAGUGUUGAUGUGAUCCAGAACAGAGGAAGUGUAGCUGUCUAUGUUCGUGUGAGAACCACAGGUGGCCUGAGUAGCAAACAUACUCCAGUCCGUGUGUAGAAACCGGUCCUGGAGUGUGAAGUCUACCCCCGCUGGCCACACUUUGAUGGUCUUCACUGAUGGCUUCACACGGUUGAUGAGGGGUGAAUACUUGGGGGUAAUGAACAAAGAAAGGUGGUCUGAUUGUCCCAAGUGGGGGAGGGGGGUCACAGAAUAGGCUUCAGCCAUGUUUGUGUAUACAUGGUCUAAAGUUUUGUUUCCUCUGGUGUGACAGAAAAUGUUUUGGUGAAAUUUCGGGAGUACUGUCUUUAAGUUGGAGUGAUUAAAAUCCCCCGCAACAAUAAAAGCAGCCUCCGGGUGACCAGUUUGUUGUUUGCUGAUGGCCGCGUGAAGUUCGUUCAUAGCAAGCUUGGCAUCAACGUCGGGGAGGAAUGUAAGCGGCAGUUAUAAUAGUGGAGGUGAAUUCCCGUGGCAGAUAAAAUGGUCUACACUUAACCAUGAGAAACUCUAGGCUAGCUGAGCAGUGUCUCCCAAUAAUAACAGAGUUCGUACACCAAGCAUUGUUAACAUAAAUGCACAAUCCUCCGCCUCUGGUCUUACCGGAGUCAUCCGCCGUUCUGUCUGCCCAGAAUGUUUGGUGCUCAGCUAGAGCAAUAGCAUUGUCCGAUAUAUCACACCCACACCGGCAAUGCAGUUUCGUCUGGUUUUUCCCUCCUGCUGAAAUGACUCAUUGUUUUGUGUUUUUUCUUUGUGUUGCAUGUAGUUUCCAGUCUUUUAACUUCCUUCAACUUCAACGUCAUUGUCCUCAGAAGGUAAUUGGUUUGCAGCAAGUCAAAAAAACAAGCAUAAAAGAACAAGGGUCAAAGACACCAGAGCAAGAGGACAAAGGGCACUGAAUACAACAACCUGAGAGGAAAAAAUGUUCCCCAACUCCCCAUCCUUAUAGUUCUCAUUAAUAGUUUAAAAACUCAUAUACAAUAUACCAAUCAUACUAUUCUUGUAGUGAUAAAAGCCCCUAGUAUAAAUAACGUUCAAAAUAACACCAAAAUAAGUUACUGCUGGAAAUGUUAGCAGUAAAUUUAAACUGACCAAAGUGACACAGCCAGGAUCAUAUAUAACAUAAAUAUGCAACAGCAUAAUCAUCAACAACAGUAUUAGGUCCCAACCAAAUAUUAAACCAACCUAAACCAUCCCUGCUCUGAAUUCAGCACAGAAAUGGUACUGGGCACAAAUGAAUGUCUGAAUCUGUUGGUUUUUAUAGAAAAGAUGUACUGUAUGUUACAAUCCCUAGUGUUUCUGCACCACAAUUGUCUUCUGAGGGGGUUGUUUGGAGAUGGCCACGACAUGGAGAUGGCUCUUGGGUGAAUGUAUAUGACCGUGACAAAUAUUUGAAGAAACUCACAGAGCAGAUAAGGCGGGCGUAGCGAUUCGGACAACAAUUCAACAUCUUUAGCGCAUAGUCUUUCUUUAACCAGAACAUGCUUGCAAUAUCUUUGAUUUAGUUUAGAUAGCAAACCCCAUCCCCUCGUGACACGUCAGUCCCUCCUGCAUCUCAGUGUGGGUGCAUCGAAACCAUUAAUGGCCACUUCAGUGUCCGAAUCUCUCUCUGACAGCCAUGUAUGUCUCUGUAAUUGUCAAUAAGCAAGGUUCUCAGAGCUCAUUUUGAAAUCAUUUAUUGACUUGCAACUCGUCAGUCUUAUUUUGAAGAGACUGCGCAUUUGAGAGAAUAAUAGAAGGCAAGGAGACCUAGGAGAGAGAUUGUUUCCUUAGUCUUUGCCACACACCAGCCUGCUUACCACGCUUCCUGGUCCUAUGGGGGAUUGCGCCAGUAGAAUCCCUUUUCUCAGUUGUUUGAUCAACGAAACAGUUUAGGUCAGGAAUGACUAGAUCCACAGGUGGGUAAAGGUCCUGAAGGUAACUCCACUGAAGGAGAAAAUCUCUGCUGUAUUUGAUGUAGUCCGGUUUGGUGAACUCAGUCCAAGCUUGCAUGAAGUAGAAUACCGUCCUCAGAAGAAACAAACCCAUCAACUCCAUGAUAUCAAAUAAAUGUAUCGACAAGACAUAAUCAAAGUUCUAUACCAGUCACUUCAACACCUUGUCUUUUGUGAACCCUACAAAUUGCUUCUGCAUAUAAUGCAAGCCCAGCUAUAAAUAAUGCAUGCAAUGAAAUUUCAUGUUUUUGUAGUGUCUGUAUAUCCUUGUACUGUGUUAAUCAUUGGAAUUCCAAUAUGAUCUUCAUAAAUAUAUGCUUCACUGCCUUGAAGGCACCACACAGCCUCAAAUGGGGUAUUAAAAGUGUUACUGUUGCAGUAAGCCUAGAUUAAAACCCCAGAGAGAAAAGGCAUAUUUACCUGUUAAAUAAUGAAGCUGGGGGCACCCUAAAUAGGGUGCCAGUCCUUCCCCAGAUAGUAUCAUGUUAUGAAUUAUAGUUAAAUGCGUUGAAUUAUGGUUAGUGUUAAAUUAUCAACAUUGAAACUGAAUUGAUUUUUGUUCAGAUUUUCAAUAUUGAAAAAAUGAUGGUGGCAAAACUUUGACCUAAUGUUAUAAAGUGAAAGAUUGAAGAUCAACGUUGUUUCAACGUUUUUGUCUGAAAUGGAAUCAAUGUCAUUUCAACAUAUGUGUGCUAUCUGGGUCACAAGGCACAAGCACCAAUUCACCUAAACUAUAUGUGUUUGGACUGCAAAAAUAAACCGGCAUAUCCAGAGGAAACCCACGCAGGUAUAAGCCAAUUUAAUAGAGAGAGACACAUACAAAGUCACCUUAAAUGUGUGAGGCUAUAGCGCUACCUGCUGUCAGCGGGACCCACUUUUGGGCUUUAGCUCACAAAAAAACAGCGCAAUCUGGUUUCCAGGGAAACAACGUUUCCAGGGUUACGAGUCGUAAACAGUCUCUAAUAGUAUCUACACAUUUAACUCCGAACUGUGCUGGCUGCUGUUUGGGACGAAAAUAUCAAGGCUCUCUUCUCUGUAAGUUAUACAAUCGCCGUCUUCGUGCAUGCAUGCAUACAUAGAUAACAUACACAGACACACAUACAAAAAAGUGUGUACAUUUAUAUAUGUGUGUGUGUAUAUAAUGUAUACACACAUACGCGCGCAUGACUUUGGUUCAUGUGUUCAUUGUCGCUGAAAAGUGCCCGCAUUGCUGAUUAACUCUGUGACAGAGUUUGGGAAGUUUUCCUGCUCUAUGUGGCUCUUCGAAUGAGUCAGUUUCAGAAUGGGCGGUCUGACGAAACAGGCGGAGAAUUUCACCAGCUUCGAUAUACAGUAUGCAGGGUGAGUACGCAGUGUAAUUUAAAUUAACAGCUGUAAUCAAACUUCUUGCGAAUACAGUCAUGAACAUGUGUAUGUAAUGUGUAUGUAAGCUUGAACAAUAUAUAGGCCUAGAAGACAAAGUAAACUAUUACUAAACAUUGCCAGGUGUCCCAUUUUCACAAUAUUCACUCUACGUUAAAUAAUUCUGACAAAGUUAGGUCCCAAGUCUAACGUUACAUUAAAAGGUAAACUUCAAAACGAAAUGCUAUACUUCAUUCUUAAUGUCUCAUAGCUGUAUAUUUACAAUGAGUGUUUGUAUGUACACACAUCGGAGUAAUCUGGUAUUGUCAAUGUAGAAUUGUGAAGCCUUCAGACCUCUGUAAAUCUAGCCUUAGAUAUUCAGAUUUCCGUUAUUAAUGCAAGGUAAGCAGUUUUUUGGGGGCGCACAUUGCCAGAUAACACAAAAAUCCAAGGGGGUGUGCAUUGUCCCAUAGGGCACACUGAUCAAAACACACUUCAGAGGACACAUCUGUUUCAUUUGAUUUUGGAAUUAUUAAUCCAUUCAAUUAUCGUCCCAUUGCAUAUUAUAUGGAUACAAUAUAGUAAUUAAUAAGUAUUACAGACUUAGAUAAACUGAAAACCCAAAUGGUAUGCAUUGUUCCCCAGGGUCCACUGAUCAAAGCACUGAUCUCCUUACAAUUGAAAUUACCUAAUUUCUUAGUUAUUAACAAGAUUUUGAAUUUGUGAAAUGGCUUGAACCGCAAAAAUAAUCGAGAUGCAUCGUUGUCUGUGUACUGGAAAUCUAAAUCCUGUCAUAAGAACUGCCUGUCUUGAAUCGCUUAAUUCUGUUAAAAGAUAGUAGCCUAAAGCCGGAAAACUGAAUAUCGAAUAUGAGACUAACUUUACCGCGGUUGGACCGUUUACAGUUUACAGUGAUGAAUUAAGUAUGAACAUAUCAGAAUAUCAAUAUAUUGAAAAUAGGCUAUCAGGUGUUGCUUUGUUUCUUCUCCCCAAAUUUUCAGCUGCACAAGUUAUUUGGAUUAUAAAAUUGCUCUGUUUUGCUUUCAAGAUUCUCAGUAAAUAACUGACUACUGGAAAAAAGACUUGUUACAUAUGUCAUGAAGUUUUCUAUUCAGUGUGACUUCUGGAGUCUUAUUAUAAGCAUGGUUGGCCGUAAUUUAUUCAUUGACAGGAAGUCUUACUGCUUGCAGAGUAAAUUGCAGAGCAGCGUCACCACUAAUAGACUGUGGGAGAGAAUCCAUGGCUUCAUUCUGUCAGACGGCGAGGACCCGGGGACUGAGACAGACGGUGAACACAGGUGCACCCGGAAGAAAUUCUUUUCCAUUGCCCUAGGACAGUCCAGAGUCAAGACCAGACAACUUGUCUUUGAUUUCAACGGAUCCCACUUUGUGCCCCAUCUUUGUCAGCCACGGGGGCUCAUCUCUGUACCUCCUACUGCCAGUUUGCGCAAGGGGGUCCGUUGGCCCAUAGAGUGUGAAGUCAUCAAGGAGAACAUUCAGCACAUUGAAUGGGAACCUCCGGAACCAGAGCCGUUCUACCAGCCUACAGGCUAUGAAAGAUUGCCAAUGCCAGUGGGGGAAGAGAAAGGAAAGUUGGUUUACUGUAUUGAUCCAGCCACAAAGUUACCCUACUUUACCCGUUCUCGAUGUGGGGGCAGCCGGGGGCCAAUCAGGAAGGCUGCCUCUCGCAUAGAUGUUGGAGAUGGCAACCACCUGGUGUUUGAGUCCCGAUUUCAGAGUGGAAACCUGCAGAAAGCAGUGCAGACUGGAGUGUAUGACUAUGAGCUGACCCUGCGGACUGACCUUUACACCACCAAGCACACUCAGUGGUUCUACUUCCAAGUGAGGAACAUGAAGGCCGAUGUGACCUACCGCUUCACCAUUGUCAACCUCAUGAAAUCUCGAAGCCUGUACAGCUCGGGUAUGAAGCCCCUUCUAUACUCUGAGCGAGCCGCCCAGACUCAGAGGGUGGGCUGGAUGCGAGUCGGGUCGGACAUCAAGUACUACCGCAACAAUCGUGAGGACGACGGCCAAGCCUUCUACUUGCUCACCUGGACGUUCCAGUUUCCCCACGAGGCUGACAUCUGCUACCUAGCUCACAGCUACCCAUACACCUAUUCAGACCUGCAGCGCUACCUAAUGGGUGUGACUUCUGAUCCAGCCACUGCUGUCCACUGCAAGCUGCGGGUGCUGUGCCACAGCCUGGCUGGCAAUGCGGUUUACGUCCUGACCGUCACGUCUCCCUCGAUUAGCCGAGAAGUGGGCCGGGCAAAGAGAGUUGUGGUGGUGACUUCUCGCGUACACCCUGGCGAGACCGUCAGUUCCUGGAUGAUGCAGGGCUUCCUGGACUUCUUGCUGAGCGACACCCAGGAUGCACAGCUGCUACGUGACACCUUUGUCUUCAAGGUGGUACCCAUGCUGAACCCCGACGGCGUAGUGGUAGGAAACUACCGCUGCUCACUGGCUGGCCGCGAUCUGAACCGCAACUACUGCACUCUCCUUCGCGACUCCUUUCCCUGCGUAUGGCACAUGCACAAUAUGAUGAAAAGACUGAUGACUGAAAGAGAGGUGAUCCUCUAUUGUGACUUUCAUGGACACAGUAGGAAGAACAACGUCUUCAUGUAUGGCUGCGACAAUGGCAGCAGAACCACUCUGCAGGCACGAGUCUUCCCCUUGAUGAUGAGCAAGAAUGCAGCUGAUAAAUUCUCAUACAAAAGUUGCAAAUUUAAAGUCAGCAAACACAAAGAGGGCACAGCACGCAUUGUCAUGUGGAAGCUGGGCAUUACCAAUAGCUACACUAUGGAAUCCACCUUUGGUGGAUCCACCUUGGGGAAAAGGAAAGGCACACAUUUCUCUACUCAGGACUUGAAAUCAUUGGGAUAUCUCUUCUGUGACACUCUCCUGGACUACUGUGACCCUGACCCAGCCAAGGCCUGUCGGUGCUUGGAUGAGCUAAGAGUCUUGCUGCAGCAUAAGAUCCAGCAGAAGUUGGGAGUAGAUGUGGACAGUGAUGGACUCGGUAGUAUUUCUGUGUCUGACAUUGAAUCCAGCACAAGUGGUUCAAACAGCACCGAGUCUGAUGGCCCGCCUGUCCAUCUGCUAUACAUCCCAAAUGAGCCAAUAAUAUCCAAGAAAAAGCAUCUGAAGACACGCAAAGAAAGGAACAGAUUGCAUCAGAAAAAAUUUCAAAGCACCAAGCAAGAAAUACAAAGCAUGGUUCCAGUGCUAACAAGUGAGGGAGAAGUGAAAAUUAAAAUGCAAGAACCAGCUGUGGAGGGAAUGACCAAGAAGAGAGAAUUGGUACAGUUUGUGGGAAAAGGGAGUGGUGAGAGUGAGCGGACCUGGGUUUCCCCGUCUGCCACCGGCACUGGGCACAUCACCCCGACAGUGGAGAAACCGCUGAAGAAUUUCUGCUUGGAAUCUGCUGGCAAAUUAUACAGUUGGGAUGGAUGUCGUUCUACCCGUCAAUCUGUCGUUGAUGAGCGGCAGACAAGCAGCAAAGAGUGCCUGCAGCAGCAACUGCACCUCAUGAUACAAGGUCACUGGCAGCCUCCCCCCCGCCAGCCAUUCCCAAUCACAGCCAACCGGCAAAGAUGGCUCCCUCGCUUCGCACAGAAGUACAGAACUCUUCAGCCACACCCCCUGAUAUUUACCUGGGACUUAGAAACAAACGUCUACAUGAGAGGAGGGUACCCAGCAUUUCGCUCCUCACCAUGCAGAAGAUCCUCAGCUGCAAGCAGUGGAGCGAUAUCAAGAGCGGUUCCAGAAUUCAUGUCAUCAAAACGGCCGCUACCGUCCAUUGCCUGUAGCCCUUCUGCCUCAACCGUAAGUGAUAAGGCCAAACCACCCUCAAGGAUUCAGCCAAAGCGAGCAACCAAAUACUUCAUACCCGACGCUUCAACAUCCUCAGAAACUAGCAAAGGGCAGGAAACUGAUUACAAAGAAGAAUGGAAUAAUAACAGUGAAGUUCCUGUUCUUGAAGACACUGCCACCAAUGCCAGAGCGAAUACAUCAUCAUUAAUCCCGGAUUUAAAGAAGCAUGACCUGAGUGCGGAUUUGCAAAGAAGCAGCACUGGCAGACAUUCAGGAGAUCAGACGGGGGUGCGGCUGGGAAGCUUAGUGUCCUUGAGAAAGAACCAUCAAAAAGGAAUCAAAACCGAUGAAUUAUAAGGAGUGAUGCAUCUGUCUCUAGCGUGAAUAAAGAUUGCUGGUAUACACAGCUAAUGUGAAUAUU